ACCUUGGGUAUGGGCCAGUCACGCGCCAUAGCACGCCACAACUCUUUCGCCAGGGGGCACGUGCACAUAGCGUGGAAACCAUCCUCUCGUUCCACACCACAAAGGGGACACACAUCAGAGAGUUCGAGGUGUCGAGAGAAUUUAUUUGCCCAAGUAGCGAGCGAGUUGGAAACCAGCCUCCAUGUAAAGACUCGUACCUUUGGGGGAGCAGGGCACCCGCAUAUGAUCUUCCAGAUGGCGCGAUAACCAUCCGGUGCCAUGCUCGUUGCGGUCGCCAAUGGACGCUCGCGCUCGUCCAUGGCAAGGCGAUAUGCAGAGCGAACGGUGAAGAUGCCGUUCUUCUUCGGGGCCCAUGCGAUGACGUCGUCGGUGAUGCGGGGUGACGUGCGAAUGCUGGUGAUGGUCGCGACAUCCGCCGGGAGAAAAUACUGUCGCAGCACGUUCGUACGCCAGGCGUCGGACUCGUCCAGGAGCUCUGAGACCCGCCGAAGACGGCAAGUCCCGUGCCGCGUGAUCGGCUACCCCGUCGGUUUCGUUGGGAGCCAACGGUCACGCCAUAUGCGUAUAUUCCGGCCAUCGCCGACGCGCCAUAGAAUCCCCUUCUCGAGGAGCUCGAGGCCGUACUGAAUGGCCUGCCACGUGGGAGAGGCGUUCCCCGAGCAGACAGUGUCCUCAAGUCGACUGUCUGGAUAAUAUCUGGCUUUGAGGACCUGCACACAUAAACUGUUAGGGUUAGAAAGAAGUCGCCACGCCUGCCGUGCCAAUAAGGCUUGGUUAAAGAGACGGAAGUCUCUAAACCCCAAGCCGCCCUUCAUUUUAUGUGCAAGAAUAUUCAGCCAAGCCGUUCAAUGUGUUUUCCUUUUUCCCUCAGACGAACCCCACCAGAAGUUCCGCACCAUCCUGUUGAGGUCAUCGCACACUGAUAUUGGGAGUUUAAAAACCCCCAUAAUAUAUGUUGGGAUCGCCUGUGCAACAGCCUUGAUCAUAAUCUCCUUACCAGCCAGUGACAACGUAUCUCCCCAUGCAAUGAUCCGCUUGAGAAGCCUCGACUGCAAAUUCUGAAAUUUCCCCCGAGACAUGCGCCCCUCCGGGGUAGGCAGGCCCAAAUACUUUUCCUCAAAAGUGAUUAGGCUGACAUGCAGCAUCGCACGAACCUUCUCUUGAUUGUUCUCGGUAUAAGAUUUACCAAACAGUACGCUGCACUUGGCCGGAUUAAUACACUGCCCCGUUGCUUUCUCAUACGUGUUGAGUAGCUCAUGCACCUUCAUUGCUUGUUCCUCCUCUGCUUUGAAAAAUAAAAGCGUGUCGUCCGCAAACAACAAGUGGGAGACACCACUGCACACCUUUAGCGGGGUAAAGUCGCCCCUAUCUUCUCCAUCCUUCAACAACGCCAAGAGCCCGUUAGCCACAAAAAGGAACAAAAACGGGGAGAGAGGGUCACCUUGCCGAAGCCCACGCGUGUCUUCUAUCCUUUUUUUCGUGUCAAAUUUUGGCUGUUUACCUAAACAUGACACCUGGUUUUCACUAAGAAAAAAACUGCUGCUAUCUUCUCCAUCCUUCAACAACGCCGAGAGCCCGUCAUCCACAAAAACAGGGCCGGCCCUGUUAUUCCAGAGGCCCUUGUGCGAACCGAGGAAAUAGGCCCUUACACUAUAUAAUGGACAAAAGAAAAUACUUUCACACCUAAUAUGUACAGUGAAAAGUCAUUAUAAAGCAAUUGUAAAUUUUAUUAGCAAAUAUCAUCUUAAUACACCACGGUCCUUGGAUAUAUCAUAUGAUUACAGGAUUAGGAUACACGCUCCAACAACUCUGAAGUCUUAACAUUGUUCUCAAUUCUUGAUCCAGUUCGACAGAAACUACAACUCCAACUCUAGAAGUCCAACCACAAACCUGGGUCAGCAAAUAUUAGGAGCCGUUUGUCUUUCACCUGAAAUAUCACAGCUGGGAAAAUCUAUCUGACUGCAAUGUCGUACAACAAGUGAGCAGUCAAGCAGAAGCAGGUCAAACAUCAUUACAUCAAUUCCUCAAAAAGAAACAAAUAGCCAAGGGUAAAAAAUGAGAUCCAAAAAAAUUAGAAGGAACUACCUGGAUUGAACUCCACGUCUCCAGGGCCUGCCCUCGGACGACCGGACCCUGACCAGGGCUGCGGGCUGCUGCUCUCCGCGGCUCCGUGUUCGGCACUUGAUGUGUCGCCGCUGGCCGGCUCGUCUCCAUGGAUCCGUUCGCCGGGGCCAUUAGGUAUUUAUAAGGUGCAAAGAAAUCCAUUGGAUUGUGGUACAACGGAAAAUCAAUUGAUUAGAGCUUGGGAAGCUGGGGUCCUAGCCUCUUAGGAACCCGGGACAAUUAAUUGGAUUUGGGGAAGAUGAGAACAGGAGGGAGACGAUGAGAUGGCGGCGUGUUUUCGAGAGAGAGCGAAGGAAGGAAAGGAUUUAGACUACCCACAGUAGGAGUAACAUAGAUAGUAACAUUACACAUAUCUAGAUAAAAUAGUUGAUGUGGCAAGCAAUAAAUGAAGAAAGAGAGAAAGUAGUAACAUAGCUAGUUACUAGUAGUAUGAGUAACAUCACACAUAUCAAGGUAAGACGUGUCUAUAGCCUAAUAAAUGAAGUGUUGCAUGUUACCACACAUAUGUUACUCUCCACUAUAGAGGUAGUGACAUAGACUAGUAACAUCGGCAUGUUACUAGUCUAUGUUACUACCCAUUGUGGCUAGUCUUAGAGAUAGUUGACUUGCUCUUCGUGCGUGACUUGUUCCGUUCGUGCGUGUGCGUGACUUGCUCGCUAUUUUCUAUCUAUACACAAACAAAAAAAACAUAAUUGCAGAGGGUAUGGGCCCCUGCUCGGGCUGGGCCCUAGGCCGUCGCACUCGCCGCCAUGGCCCAAGGCCGGCCCUGCACAAAAAGGAACAAAAACGGGGAGAGAGGGUCACCUUGCCGAAGCCCACGCGUGUCUUCUAUCCUUUUUUCGUGUCAAAUUUUGGCUGUUUACCUAAACAUGACACCUGGUUUUCACUAAAAAAAAAACUGCUGCUAUCUUUUUACCUGUGCUAUCUUUGCAGUAUCCGUGUGUCUGCCCAUGUAAGUAGAGAGGUAGAUGUUUUAUCGCUUUCAGUUCAGAGCCCGGGUGCUUUGUGCUCUUGUCUGUAAACAAAGAGUACACGUGGGUACAGUCUUAUACUAGUAGCACUGGGUGCUCAUGAAUUGGUAGUCCUAGGAGUAGCGUAGGGCGGACGUACGACUGGAUCAGCCUAGUUUGAACUCUGAACCCUGAAGCCUAGCUUGGUACCAGUACCCACAGUGAUGGACAAUGUCUGAUCAUAGCAUAAAUUUUGGUGCCAUUUGGUGUCAAUAGGUAUAUUUUUACAUUUUAUUUAUAGUAAGACACACUAGUGUUGUCGUAGGUGCACAUACGUUUGCUUGCAUUGACCAGCACGCAUGGGGUUUACUAGUCCGUGCAUACAUGUCACCGGUUCACUCGUGAAAUUGAUCAUUUUGUAUCGGGUUCCUAGGAACCAAACAAUCUAGCCUCAGAUUCCUCAUCUGCCAGACCAUGCAAAAUUGAUCAUUUUGUAUCGGGUUGGCAAGCCAUCGGCAUCGUCGUGGCGGGCCAUGGCGGCAUGGCGGCCGCUCCACGCCGCCGCCGCAGCAUCCGCGAAAAGAAUUUCCAAACGAAAUAGAGCGUUGACUCUGACCGGUCAAGCCGCUCUGGCCACCCUCCUUCUUCCCCAAGUCGGACAUCCCACCCUCCGUUCUGUCCCGUUGCUCCUCCUUGUUAACUAGCCAUCUGGCCCGCUCCGGUCAGUCAGCCGCUCCGCUUUCCAUCCCCAACUACUCCAACCCAUGCCGCCGCUCCAGCUGCUUUCCCUCCUGCUCCUGCUCGCCGCUUCCUUUCUCCGGCUGCCGGAGCCGGCCGCCGCCGCCUGCUCGCCCAAGAAAUGCGGCGAGCUGAACGUGACCUACCCGUUCUGGCUGGAGGAGAAAGGCCAGACGCCGUGCGGGUCCCCGUCCUUCCAGCUCAACUGCAACGGAAGCCAGGCUCUCCUCAGCCGGUCCAUGUUCGGGGGCUACCAGGUUGUCCAAGUCUUCCCCGAGAACUCCUCCUUCAUCGCCGUCGACAACAACCUCCCGCUCGACGACGGCUGUCCGCCGUGGUGGUUCAACAUCUCUGUUGGUAUUGGGCUGGGUCCGUUCGUCAUCAGCAAGAAGAACAGGGAGCUGCUCGUACUCGACAACUGCACCAAGGAGGCGACACCGCCGGGAUUCAACCGGACGGGUUGCGCCAACGAGUCCUUCUACCGCCUUGGCGGGGAGUAUGGCAGCCACCGUGAACUGGCCGAUCUCCCGCCGGCCUGCUGUCUCUCUGUCGUGCCGGUUCUUGGUUUUCAGGAUGGUGACGGUUACAUCCCAAGCAUGAGCCAAGGGUUCCUGCUUGAGUGGACAGUGCCGUCGGACGAUUGCCCCAAGUGCGAGGCAAGCGGCGGACAGUGCAGGUAUGCCAACGACGGCACCGGGUUUUCCUGCCAUUGCUCCGGCGACGUGUACCCUGAGAAGUGCGGGGACAGUGGAAAGACAAGUAUAACGUUCAUAAUAGUUGGAGCGGUAGCCGGUUUUGCUGCGUUCUUGGCAUUUGUCUUGUUUGCCUUAUACCAACGAAAGAAGAGCAAACAAGCUGUAGCUUCAAAUGAGUUCAUGCGAAGUGGAUCUUCAAUGACGUCAUAUAGUAAAGACCUUGAGAUGGGUGGUUCACCUCAUAUCUUCACUUUCGAGGAACUCGAAGUGGCCACUGAUGGAUUUAGUGCUUCAAGGGAGCUUGGUGAUGGUGGCUUUGGAACUGUUUAUAAAGGCAAACUCAAGGAUGGGAGAGUAGUUGCGGUGAAACGCCUUUACAAGAACAACUACAGACGGGUUGAGCAGUUCCUGAACGAGGUAGACAUCCUGUCACGCCUGCUCCAUCAGAACCUUGUCAUCCUAUAUGGCUGCACGUCGCGAAUGAGCCGUGACCUUCUCCUGGUGUACGAGUUCGUCGCAAAUGGGACGGUCGCGGACCAUCUUCAUGGAUCCAGUGCGGCCGAACGAGGCCUCACAUGGCCUCUAAGGCUGAAUAUUGCUAUAGAAACGGCUGAAGCACUGGCCUACCUCCAUGCGGUGGAGAUCAUACAUCGUGAUGUGAAGACAACCAACAUAUUGCUGGACAACAGCUUUCAUGUCAAAGUUGCAGACUUCGGGUUGUCGCGCCUGUUCCCGCUCGAGGUCACCCAUGUCUCAACUGUUCCACAGGGCACACCGGGCUAUGUUGACCCCGUGUACCACCAGUGCUACAAGCUGACCGACAAGAGCGAUGUCUACAGCUUCGGUGUCGUGCUGGUGGAGCUGAUAUCCUCAAAGCCUGCUGUGGACAUGAGCAGAAGCCACAGUGAGAUCAACCUGGCUAACAUGGCUCUCAACAGGAUUCAGAACCAUGAAGUUGUUCAGUUGGUUGAUCCGGAGCUCGGCUACGACACCGACCCCGAAACAAAGAGAACGAUUGACCUAGUGGCCGAGGUGGCCUUCCAGUGCCUGCAGAUGGAGAGGGAUCUGAGGCCGUCGAUCAAGGAGGUGGUGGAGAUCCUGACUUGCGUCAGGGACGGAGACUGUCGGGCUAAGAGCAUGAAAAAGAAGGCGUCUCAGAAAGAGGAUGCGCACUUGCUCAUGGAUGACGUGCAGUUUUCGCCUGACACGGUCAUCCAUAGAUUCCAUAGCCGGUCAACUAACCACUCGGUAGCAUCGAAUGCUAGCGGGUUAUGAUGUGCUUUGUAUUGAUUCUGAAGAAAUAAGGCCGCCCUGUCGAUCGGAUGAGUUGUAUAUAGCAUAGAGUUUGCUAAUGAGGUGAUUCAUCUUACUAAGAA